UGAGAGUGGGGAGAGGAAUCCCUCCUGCUUUCCUCUACCGUGUGCUUUCUCUUGUUUUCCGCAUCAAGGAUGCGCUCUCUAGGCUGUUUGCCCGCUGUGGGCAUGUCCAGUCUGUGGACAUCUGUGAGAAGCCAGGGCCGGGAGAGAAGAAAGAAAAACUCGCGUCCAAAUUCUUCAACUGCAAAACUGUAAAGGGGUUUCAUGUAGCAUACGUGGUGUUCAGGAAACCAGCUGGUGUCCAGGCAGCCAAGGCCCUGUCACGGGAAGGUCCCUUGCUGAUAUCAACAGAGAGUCACCCUGUGAAAACUGGCAUUAGCAAGUGGAUCGCCAACUAUGCGGCCUCAGUCGUGGACCAGGAGAAGCUGAAGGCUGAGGUGGACGCCUACAUGCAAGACUAUGACAAAAAGAUGGCAGAGGAAGAGGCCAAAGCGGCCAAGGAGGAGGGCGUUCCAGAUGAGGAGGGCUGGGUGAAGGUAACGCGCAAGGGCCGGAAGCCCGGCAUGCCCCGGACUGAAGCUGCCAACCUGCGGGUGCUGGAGAAGGAGAAGCAGAAAAGGGCCCGCAAAGAGCUGCUCAACUUCUACGCCUGGCAGCAUCGCGAGACCAAGAGAGAGCACAUUGCCCAGUUGAGGAAGAAGUUUGAGGAGGACAAGCAGAGAAUCGCGCUGAUGCGAGCCCAGCGCAAGUUUCGGCCGUACUGAGCUGUGCUGAGCUGUUUCCUGGGGUACCUCUGCUGAAGAGGACGGGCAAGAUGCCCAUGGACUCUGUAUGCCAAAGGAUUUCAAGGAAUUGAGGCAGCUCCGGGUUGUCCCUGCCCUUGGCUCUGUGGUGGGAGAUCCCAGCAAC